UUGUGUCCCGGAAACACUCAGCACUCGUGUAGACUUACAAUACAAACUAUUUAUUAAUCAUGCUUGUUAUUAAUCAUUAGUUUGUGCAGGUGUGAGACAGAUUUAUUCAGAUACAGUAAUGCUAAUGUAAGCAGGUCCGUCCUCUGAACCCGCUAAAACCUCUAAAACUGUACAAUUAGUUUAGUUAAUCAGCUUUUUUUAAAAAAAAAAAAAAAAAGGAAGAGAAACUUUUAUGUGGCUGCUGUCGGUUUUGUUCGAAAUGAGACGUCCUACCGCAUGGUUAGACCCCAGAAACGUUUUCGCUCGUACACUCGGGAGAAGCAGUUUGAGAAAAUAUUGGCAUCUGAAGAAAUAACUGAUUUUUCUUUGAGGAUGUCGCCCAUCAUCGCGUUUCAGCUGCUGCUCUUCUCUCAACUCAUGAUUCUCGGAGCUCUUGGGAAUGAAUGGAGUGUGACAUACAGCAAACUAAAUCUCUGUGCUUUAAAAGGAUCUACAGUGCUUAUGAACGUCACGUACACACACCCAACAGGUCUUAAAGUGAAGAACAGGUUUUGGUUAAUAAACCCAGUUAAGGAUAAAGAACCGACUGAUCUGCGUAAUGAACCAGGUUACUCGGGCAGAGUGGAGUAUUUAGGAGAUGAACAGAGACACUUCUCCCUCAGACUGAGUGACGUGAAGAAAUCAGAUGAACAGAAGUACUGGUUCAGAAUCACAACAAAGGUAGACAGAGAAAGAUACCAGGGUGAACCUGGAGUUAGACUCACUGUUACAGAUCUUCAGGUGAUCGCUCCUGCAGAAGUGACAGAGGGACAAUCAGUCGUUCUGAUCUGUAAAACCACCUGCAGUCUGACUGAUCCAACAUUCAUCUGGUACAAAAACAGACGUGAUUUAACCACAAAUACCCCCAAGAGCAAUGAACUCCACCUGCAGCCGGUCAGCAGUGAGGAUGCAGGCAGUUAUAGCUGUGCUGUAAGAGGAUAUGAACAUCUCCCCUCUCCUGAUCAAACCCUCAGAGUCAGAUAUCCUCCAAAGAACGUCUCAGUGUCCAUCAGCUCCUCUGGUGAAGUAGUGGAGGGCAGUUCAGUGACUCUGACCUGCAGCAGUGAUGCUAACCCACCUGUGGAGAACUACACCUGGUUUAAGGGGACGACAUCAGUAGGAAAAGGAAAUACCUACACCAUCUCCAAGAUCAGAUCUGAGGACAGUGGAGAGUACAAGUGCAAGUGCAGUAAUGAAGUCGGACAUCAGGACUCCAUCAGUGUAACUCUGAAUGUAGUUGAUUGCCCGAGUAAAGUGCUGAACGCAGUGAUUCCAGUCAUCGUCUGUCUAUCAGGUUUAUCACUUGUUCUCAUCGUUGUGCUUUUGAGGAGAAAAAAGAUGUACUGCUGGUCAGAAGAGCGCACUGUUAAACACGAUAGUGUCGCUGCUCAAUCUGAAGCCAGUGACGCACCUCAGUCUGGCUCACACUCAGCCAAUCAGGAUGAAGUUCACUACGCAAGCAUCGCACAACCGAGGCACGCUGGGAGAACUGCAAUGAGAGCUUCUGAGCAGGUUCUUUAUGCUAGUGUCCAGCAGCAACGUGAUAAAGUGGUGGAGAAUCGUCAGGAGGAUGAUGUUCAGUACACUUCUGUACACUUAUCCUCUUCACACAGCUUAUAUCAAGACACUCGGCGGGACUGCUCAUCACUGCUGUUGCUCUUGUUACUCAAAUUAAUCAGCGUCCUUUUUCAAGUGAUACCAGGGUCUCUGACUCAGAAGGUGUCUCAUACACCGAGCAAAUUGUGUGCUCUUCAUCACACGUCUGUUGUGUUACCCUGCAAAUGCACCUACCCCAGCGGUCAAAUGGUCACCAGUUCUGCAUGGCAUUAUAGGAGGUCAAAGGGCACAGCGAUCGAAAGACAGGUAGCACAUUCUCUAACUGACGGGUCAAACUGCUCUGUCACGCUGGACCGUGUGACUCACGAUGAUGCUGGCGUUUAUCAGUUCAGCUUCAGGACCAGCGACUCAACCACUGAUCUGACAAAUGAAGAUGGAGUUACGCUGGAGAUAACAGAUCUUCAGAUGGACAUGGAGCCAACGUUGGACAUGGUGUUGGAGGGAGACUGGGUGUUGUUGACCUGUGGCUCCUGCAUUCCUUCCCUCACUGUUCCCAUCUACACCUGGUACAAAGAUGGACGUCAGUUCAAGCAAAAGCGUGCAGACUAUCAGCUGGAGCUAACAAACAUUAAAGUGGAGGAUGAAGGCAGCUACCAGUGCUCCAUCAGUGGCCAUGAAGGCCUGCUCUCCUCAGCUGUGAACUUCACUGUUAAAUAUCCUCCAAAGAACGUCUCAGUGUCCAUCAGCUCCUCUAGUGAAAUAGUGGAGGGCAGUUCAGUGACUCUGACCUGCAGCAGUGAUGCUAACCCACCUGUGGAGAACUACACCUGGUUUAAGGGGACGACAUCAGUAGGAAAAGGAAAUACCUACACCAUCUCCAAGAUCAGAUCUGAGGACAGUGGACAGUACAAGUGCAAGUGCAGUAAUGAAGUGGGACAUCAGGACUCCAUCAGUGUAACUCUGAAUGUUCUGUAUCCUCCAAAGAAUGUCUUAGUGUCCAUCAGCUCCUCUGGUGAAAUAGUGGAGGGCAGUUCAGUGACUCUGACCUGCAGCAGUGAUGCUAACCCACCUGUGGAGAUCUACACCUGGUUUAAGGUGAAUGAAUCAUUACCUGUAGGAUCUGGACAGAAUUACGGAGCACUACCGAGUGGACAGUACUACUGCGAGGCUCAGAAUCAACACGGCUCUGAGAGAUCAGCUGCAGUGUCCGUCACUUUAAACAGUGGCUCUGUAAUUGUGUACGUGACUGUUGGAGUUGGACUUUUUGGGCUUGUAGCUCUUCUCUCUGUACUCUUCUGGCUCAGAAGCAAGAGACAGAAGAAACAGAAAGAAGAACAUGGCUGCCAGAACGUCGGGCCGAGCGCUAAAGACGACACGUACGCAGCUCUCGACCUCGCGGGCCGGACAUCUGAUGAUGUGUAUCACACACUUGCAAUCGCUAAGCCAAGCCCUGCUGCUGACACGCCCACAUCCUCUGACUAUGAGAAUAUAGCUGUGUGUUUUACCCUUUUAAACUCGAAUGCAACAACAGAUUAAAGAGUAAACUGAUGCUAAUACUGGACUUUAAGUGAAGGUCUCACUGGAAGAUGUGAGUGGAACGGGGUUACCCUGCAUUGUGUGAGAUGUUGCCUUGAAAAUACAGAAAAUUGCUCAAUAAAAAAAAAGAAAGAAAGAAAAAAAAAACAUUGCUCAAUAAAAAUGCUAUCUGAUAGUAAGCCGUCGGUCAUGUGUUGUGUGUAUAAUAGCACAUUGAAUGGCUAGAAUGGCAUUAAAUAGAUGUUUAGACCGGUCUCAGGAUGAUGUGAGCCAAAUUUGAUGAAGAUUGGACAAAAUUUGGAGUACUAGCAAAAAUGGAACUUAGAUGGAAGCAUUUUCGGCAUGUUACUGUAACUUUUGACCAGCAAUUGUCACCAUCAUGAAAUUUGCUACAUAGCUUCAGGGAAUGGUCCUGAAGUUGCCUACCAAAAUUUGUUUCAGUGUGCAAGGUUGUUGCUGAGAUACAGCCUCACAAGAGAGUGCAGACCAUAUGUGCAGAACAUAUGUAAUAUUAUCUUUGGUAUACAACUCUCAACAUAAUUAGGAUUGAUGCUGAUGACCUUCGACCUGAUAAGAUAAUUAUAAAUUGCUGAUGACCUUUGACCUAGACCUGUCAAAACCAAUUAGUGAUAUGGACCAUACAAACUAAACCUCUCUCUCUCACAUCGCGGCUUCAUUGUCAGAUUUGUUGACACAUUACAGGAAAACCGUCCUCAAGAUUCUUUUGAUAACUUUUCUCCCAGCUUGGUGUGAAGAUGAAGUAUGCCAUAGUUGGUAUUGAUUGGACAUAAUAUGUACCAGGUGUAAUGAAAAAAACCUGUUUUGACACAAUUUAAGAUUUUCAACAGGAAGUAAACUUGAAUUUCAGAUGUUGGUAGGUGUUCACUUCAGCAUUCUUCAGGGAAUUAUAAGAAAAAUGAACCGUGAAUUUAACACAAAUCCUUCAAAUGACAUACGGACAAAAAUUUGUUACAGUUUUUUGACCACAAGGUGGCGCAGUCAUGAAACUUCUUGGGUACAUUCAGUGCAUGGUCCUAAAUAUAGUUAUCAUCUACAUUUCAUGAUGAUAUGUAGAUGCAUUGCUGAGAUACACCCUCACAUCCUGUUUUUGCAUUUGCCAGCAUGUUACGAGAACAUCAAGAGAACGGUUUUGAAUUUCAAAAUUCCAGUUUAGACUGGUCUCGACAUGAUGUGAGCCAAAUUUGGUGAAAAUUGGACAAAUUUGGGAGGAGGAGUAGCACAAAGGGAAGAUAAACAUAAGGAUUUUAACAUGUUAUUGUAACUUUUGACCAGUAGGUGGUGCUGGCACAACAUUUGUUGUCUGUUUCUUUGCCUACCAAGGCUUCAUCCGAAUAGCACUACUACCUUACUAUACAGUAGGCCAAAGGAGUAGUAUGUCUGAAUUGUCUAAGUUGAGAAGAUAUUGGAAAGCCGUGAAGAGGCUGCCGGUGUUUUGGCUGUAGAGAAGUAGUAUGUAUGUACAGAAAAAUAUUGUGACAUGAUGUGUAAGCUUGGGCAGGAAUCUUUUCAGGAAUUUGAGGACAGGUUUAAUGAUUUGAACCCCUUCAUGGAGGUGGAUGUAAGUGAGAUUGUGGCGCAGAUGGCUGAACUGUUCAGUGUCAGUCAAUAAUCUAGUGCUGGAGAUGGAAAUUGAGAUUUUAAAUCUCCAUCAUGAUACCCUAUUAAAAUCUAAACUACAGUUACAUUUCGCUUGGUAGACUCAGAAAACUAGAAUAAUAAUAAAAAGACAUAGAAGAAUAAUAUCUGCCUUAUGUGGUUCACGUACCUUUUGUGAAGCAGAAUGAAAUCUGAGCAUUUAAACGACUCUAUAAGAACAAGGUUAAGUGGAUACACUCCACCAUACACCUCUCAUGUAGACUCGAUGUCGUGCCAGUCGUCUCACUAACUCUGCAAGAAUGAGUGAAUGCACACACAUGAACUGUAAAGUAAGACGGAGCCAUAUGAUUGGCCUAUAUUAAGAGACGUGAUGUAUGAUGUAUUGAUUAUCGUGCAUGUAGUUUUGGAUUUUCGUGUUAAUUUAAGAUGGGUUGAUGUGAGCUUGAUACAACCCAAAUUAAAUUUACAUAUGAUCAGGCCUACAUUUGACGUGUAUUUAAUGUGAAUUUAAAAAAAAAAGAAAGUUAAAAAAGAAAAAAAGUAAAUGCCCUCAUUUAAAGGCACACUGGAUCAAAAUGCACCAGUGUACACGUACGUUAUAAACACUAUACAUUUAUAUAUUUCACUGAUUCCUGGAAGUCAUAUUCAGGAUGAGCCUUCAUUUUUAAUAUGCUGAGUUACAAGGAAAAAUAAAUCAAAUAUACAAAAUAAUGCUAAAAUAUCAGAUAUACACCAAACAAAGUAAUAAACAAUAAU